AUGCGCGCAGCCCGUGGACGCGCUCUCGGAGCCUGCGUGCAUCCCGCGAGUCCGGGGUGUGGGCAAGUGAAAAAGGGCCGAGGGGGGCGCCGGGUCCCCCGAAGUGCAGACCCGGACUUGCGUGGGGUUCUUAAAGGCUGCCUUUCCACCUCCAAGAGCCCGGGAUCCCUCCCUGAUCAUGACAUAGCAAAUCAGUUAGAGUUGAACCUUCAAUUUUUUUUCUGUUACAGGUUUAUUGCCAAACCCUGUGCACUCCAUGUUGGCAUUGAAGAUAGUGUUCUCUAUCGUGUUGAAUCCAAUGACACCCUUGAGAAGGUGUUCCUAUCUAUUACUAAGUACCCCGACGAGAAGAGGCUGGAGGGCUUAUCAAAGCAACUGGACUGGGAUGUCCGAAAAAUCCAGUGCUGGUUUCGCCAUCGGAGGAAUCAGGACAAGCCUCCAACGCUGACUAAAUUCUGUGAAAGCAUGUGGAGACUCACUUUUUAUUUAUGUAUAUUCUGCUAUGGAGUUAGAUUUCUCUGGUUGACGCCUUGGUUCUGGGACACCCGACAGUGUUGGCAGAAUUAUCCAUAUCAGCCACUCUCAAGAGAGCUUUAUUACUAUUACAUCAUGGAGCUGGCUUUCUACUGGUCUCUUAUGUUCUCUCAGUUUAUAGACGUUAAAAGAAAGGACUUCCUGAUCAUGUUUGUGCAUCACUUGGCCACCAUUGGGCUUAUCACCUUCUCUUACAUCAACAACAUGGUUCGAGUGGGAACUCUGGUCAUGUGUCUUCAUGAUUCCUCAGACUUCUUGCUGGAAGCUGCAAAGCUGGCCAAUUAUGCCAAAUAUCAGCGGCUCUGUGACACCCUCUUUGUGAUCUUUAGUGCAGUUUUUAUGGUUACACGUCUAGGAAUCUAUCCAUUGUGGAUUCUGAACACAACCCUAUUUGAGAGUUGGGAAAUGAUUGGGCCCUACCCCUCCUGGUGGCUCUUCAAUGGCCUUCUCCUGAUCCUACAGGUUCUGCAUGUCAUCUGGUCGUACUUAAUUGCACGAAUUGCUUUUAAAGCCUUGAUCCGGGGAAAGGUGACCUACCCAGGAGGACUAGACCCAGACUCUGUGCCUUCUGCUCUCUUUUCAGCUCCUCCCUCUUUUCUAUGCCUGCUGGGAUCUGCACAGUUUCAUCCUUUGCAUGUGUCUAAGGAUGAUCGCAGUGACGUAGAAAGCAGCUCAGAGGAAGAAGAUGAGACCAGCCACACAAACAACCUCUCUGGCCGCAGCUCCAGCAAUGGUGCCAACUGUGUGAAUGGCCACAUGGGAGGCAGCCACUGGGCUGAAGAGCAUGGGACUUGUAAGGCUGUUGGCAACCCGCUCUUUGGGGCCUCCCCACAUCUGCAGGCCUGCGACUAGAUGGACUGCAAGGCACUGAGGAGAAUCAAAGAAACAAUUUCGUGUUUUAAAGAAACUCUGCUGUUUUGUAUUUAAUACCCCUGGUCCUUUCAGUAAUGUUAUUUGCUCUGUGUUUGUAUGUGUUUGCGUGUUUGUGCAUUGUGCAUGUGGAUGAGUUUCAUCGACAGGUUUGGGGCACAAUUCUGGACCACUAGGCAUGGCCUAGUCCCUUCUGAACCCACCUCAAACCAGCGUUGGCUGCAUCUUUGUCUCCAGACCAUCUGCGUCCUUGUCCCACGGCUCUUGAGGCUCUAAGUUCCUGGUCCAUCUAAUAAAUGGUGCCACCAGAUCCAGCUCAGAACCUUGGGAACAGUUCUUCUGGAGCAGGAAGCAAUGUUCACCUGAUGAAGAACUCUGGCUGGAUACCCAGGAUCACUGUGGCCUCUAGCUGCUUCCCUUCCUACCAUCUGGUAGUGACAGGGACAACUACUCAUGCCCUGCUUUUUACUCAAUGGUACGCAGGGAGGGGGUGGAGAAGGAUGAGCUAAGAUGUGGAGAGCAGCAGCCACUAGGUGUGCUGUUAACGGUUUUAUACUAUUGUUUACUCUCUGUAAUUAAAGUGUUUCAACUCUU